AGGAAAUCAAAUUGUGUAAAAGAGGUUGAAAAACUUCAAGAAAAGCGUGAGAAGAGACGACUUCAGCAACAGGAACUCAGAGAAAAGAGGGCCCAAGAAGUAGAUGUCAAUUUACCCAACUAUGAAAUUAUGUGCAUGAUCAGAGACUUCAGAGCCAGUCUGGACUACAGGCCCCUAACCUCCAAUGAUCUAAUAGAGGAGCACAGAAUAUGUGUGUGUGUGCGCGCUCGACCAUUGAAUAAAAAAGAGCUAUCAAUGAAGGACUUAGAUGUCAUCACUAUCCCAAGUAAAGAUGUUGUUAUGGUUCAUGAACCGAAGCAAAAAGUUGACCUGACACGCUACUUGGAGAAUCAAACAUUUCGCUUUGACUACGCUUUUGAUGAGAACUCCACAAAUGAAAUGGUUUACAGAUUUACAGCCCAGCCUUUGGUUGAGACCAUUUUUGAAAGAGGAAUGGCAACUUGCUUUGCUUACGGACAAACUGGAAGUGGAAAAACACAUACCAUGGGAGGAGACUUUUCAGGGAAGAACCAGGACUGCUCUAAAGGAAUCUACGCUCUGUCAGCCAGAGAUGUCUUUCUCAUGUUGAAAAAGCCAAACUACAAAAAGUUAGAUCUCCAGGUCUUUGCCACUUUUUUUGAAAUCUACAGUGGCAAGGUGUUUGACUUGCUGAAUCAUAAGGCCAAGCUGCGGGUAUUGGAAGAUAGGAAGCAGCAAGUCCAGGUGGUGGGCCUACAGGAGAGAGAGGUCAAAUGCACAGAAGAUGUCCUUAAACUAAUCGAAGUCGGAAACAGCUGCAGGACUUCUGGGAAGACAUCAGCAAACGCCCAUUCCUCCAGGAGCCAUGCCGUUUUCCAGAUCAUUUUGCGCAGACGAGGAAAGAUGCACGGAAAGUUUUCUCUUAUCGAUCUGGCUGGAAACGAGAGGGGAGCUGACACAUCCAGUGCAGACCGCCAGACUCGUCUCGAAGGAGCUGAGAUCAACAAGAGUCUGUUGGCUCUGAAGGAAUGUAUUCGGGCUCUAGGACGAAACAAACCCCACACUCCAUUUAGAGCAAGCAAAUUGACUCAAGUACUGAGAGAUUCCUUCAUUGGAGAAAACUCUAGAACUUGCAUGAUUGCUACAAUCUCCCCUGGAAUGGCAUCUUGUGAAAACACUUUAAACACUUUGAGAUAUGCCAACAGGGUCAAAGAGUUUGGCAUAAACCCUUCAGAUAUCCCUUUCACACAGAGCGGGGGAGGAGGGCGAUCUGAGUUGUCACCUACUUAUGAGGUCCAGGAUCUAACAGUGGAUCCUCUGGCAGCGAUGGACUGUCAUCAGGCUGGACACAUUAACCAGCUGGAGGUGCUUGAGGCCCAGUGGGGAGUUGGCAGCUCCCCACAGAGAGAUGAUCUGAAGUUGCUCUGUGAACAGAAUGAAGAGGAAGUUUCCCCACAGCUCUUCACUUUCCACGAGGCUGUGUCUCAGCUUGUGGAGAUGGAAGAGCAGGUUCUUGAGGACCACAGAGCUGUGUUUCAGAAGUCGAUUCGUUGGUUAGAAGAUGAAAAAGUACUUUUAGAAAUGACAAAGGAGGUAGACUAUGAUGUUGAAUCAUAUGCAACUCAACUUGAGCAAAUUCUGGAUCAGAAGAUAGACAUUCUCACUGAGCUGAGAGACAAAGUAAAGUCUUUUCGCUGUGCACUACAGGAGGAGGAGCAGGCUAGCAAACAGAUCACCCCAAAGAGGCCUCGUGCACUAUAGACAAAACACAAACACUGUAUGAAAUGUUAUGGUAUGGAAUAUCUUUAUAGAGUAAGUUGUCCUCAGAGAGGGCAUGACAGCGUUGUUGUCAUCAAAGAGCUGAGAUUUCUCAGAUGUUAUGAUCAAAUCCUAAUGCCGCUGUUUGUAAUUUUGCUGUACAGUUUCUUUCUUUUUAACAGUCUUAAAUUUAGCAACAACAAAAAAAAAUUGGUUACAACUUUUAUGUUCAAGUGCUUAAGUUAAUAAUCCCUGCACAAUUUUCCAAGUACAAAUUUGCAUUAUUGAGAGAGCUGUUGUAAUUUUUUGUCAAAUUUUGAAUCGGUUUAAUUUAAUCUUGCCUAUAACCUUUGUACAUGGGCAUGAUUUGGGCAUGUGGUCUUUUUGUGUAAAAUGAACCAAAACAAGUUGUUUGUGUCUGUGUAAAGUUAGAAAAAUUUGACAAUUAUAAACUAAACUUUGGAAAAAAGCAUUGUACGGUUGACCUAUGAGGGGCACUGCAGUCAAG